GCAUCCAGCUCAAAUACAGAUGAUCAACAACAACAGCAAGCUUCAAGUGCCGGAAACGGAAAUGAUUUUCAAAUCAGUUUAAAUGAUUUUCUUGAAUUUUUAAAACUUUCAUGUCACGUUAACGAGAUGAUUGCAAAAGCGGACAGUAAGCCACACAACCGGGAGCCCGUGCCGCCAGCCGAAAGCGCCGCGGGCGUUGCAGUCGCCAAGCGAAAUGCGAAAAAGGACGAAUUCGAUUUUAAUAGUUUGGCCGAAAAUCCUUUGGUAAAUGAAUUGCUUGCUUUGAAGCGGCCACAUCGUCACGCCACCAAUGAGAACAGCAGCAGCAGUAGUCGCAGCAGUCUGCUAAUGGAGCACAAAUCCACGGCACGUUCCUCGCAUGUUCACACGCCACGUGGUCUGCAUCCCAAGCUCAACGAGCAAUUGGAUUAUGUGAUCAAUGAGGGCGUCUUGGACUCAGUGCUCUCAUUCAUUUGCCCAAUGCCGCUGCCCGUUGCCUUCACCAACAGCGGACGCGCCAAGCUAGCUAAGCAACAACAACAACAACAGCUGCAACAGCAGCAGCCUCUCAAGCCGGAGGCGUCCAACUCCAACGCUGUGGCAUCAUCGAAGCCUGACUUGGGUGUGACGAGCUCGCCCAGCGGAAGUUCGCCUCGAGAGAGCCGCGAGGCGACUCUUGACUCGAACAGCAGCAGCAGCGCCAGCAAUGGCAUGGUCCGUGCCUUGGUAAAGGAGCAGAGCGGCAAAGGGGCAACAACGAAUGCAACUGCACGACGCAAGUCGCUGCUACUGGCCAAGGACAGCAAGCAUGCACGUCAGGAGAAAAAGGAACCCGAGGUCGUCAUUCACGUCUGCGACGAGGUGAAGAACACCUCCCGCGACUUCAGUUGCCCUCAGAGUCUGCUCAUCAGUAAGAUGGGCUACUUUGCCGAUGUCACCGCCGGCCAGCGACUGGAGGAAAUGGAUAUUUCGGUGCACUGUGACAUCCAAAUCUUCGACUGGCUGAUGAAGUGGAUCAAGCACAGUGCUCAGAGUCAAGAGCUGGCUGCGCCCGGACAAAGCAGCUUUGCAGCUGGACCCCAACUCGAUGGCAACAAUGUGGUGCCCAUUUUGGUAUCCGCAAGCUUUCUGCAAAUGGAGCCACUGCUCCUAGAGUGUUUGGCCUUUUGCCAUGCCCAUCUCAGCGAGGUGGUACGCACCUCAACGAAUCUAUCGUGUUUGAAUGAUGCACUGGUUAGUCGUCUGGCUGCCAUGUUUACUAAUCUGGAACUGGAAAUGGUGCGCGAUAAGAAGGAGCGUGUCACACCGCGUUUGUGGACGAAGCUCAUUCAGAGUCUGUGUGAACCCGAUGCGGAAGUAUUGCGCGGACAUUUCUACAGCAUUUCGGGACUAUUCCGUUGUGUACGCUGCUGUCGCUGCGUCACCAACACCAUGAAGUCCUAUGUCAACUGCAUUCCGAGCAACAUUCGCCUGAAUCGCUGGGGACAAUUGAUUAGCUCGCAUGUGCGCGACACAAACUGGGAUCUGAAUGUCUAUGUGCUGCAACUGUUCAAGGAGCUCAAGUCGUGGCGCAAAGUCUACUGGAAGCUCUGGGGACAUUGUCAUUAUCUCUAUUGCUGCUCGUGCGAGGCGCAUUUUCCUGUUUACCAGAUGAACUGGUGUCGCUAUCAUCCUGAGCCGCCCAACUUUCUGGGACCAGAGAUUGAGGGACGCAUGGCAGGACCAGCAGGACGCUAUGCGUGCUGUAAUCAACAAGCAUUUCGUUACGAAACGCUGCCGGGUCCAAAUGGUUGCCAAUUUCGAGAGCACAGCGUACUCGUAGACACGGAUCGGGAGCGUGCCAUAUUGACAAUUGCACAACUCGUAGGCGAAAACUACGCGCUGUGCGAGCAGCCGCCGUUGCACAUGCAAGAGCUGGCUGCCGCUGGAGAGAUAAGUCCCAACUGGCUGGGCAUCUCUUUGACCCCACAACGUUGUCGCCAAGGACUGCUGCCGCAGCUGUGCAUGGACAUGACCAAUCAUCGCGUAAGUCGCCGCUGUCGCUAUGAGAUCGAUACCAGCACCGAGUCGGAGACAACAUCGACCAGCUCGGAGGAUACACGCAGUUCGCGUCCACGCAUACGUAAUACUUUAGUCGAUGACGAGUUCACCUCGAGUAGCGAUGGCUGCGAGUCGGAUCAUCGUCCGCCGCCACGCAAAACGCGUGGCAAAAAGAAACGCAAACGACCCGCUGCAGUGUCUGGUCGCUUUUGGUCUGGCGAGUUGUCGGCGCGCAGCAAUCAGGAUCACCAGCGUGACUUUGAGGAGAAGAUCAUGAAACAGGUGGCCAGCUAUGUGACAAAGAAAACAGGCUCCGAUCAGAAUCUGGUGCACAAUGCACAACCCUUGGGAGGCACUUAUGUGCGUCUGGAGUCCGAGUGGAAGGAGAUGUUGAAGCAGCGUCACAGCAAUCACAAUCUGCAAUCGGGCGGAGGUGGCAAUGGCAACAGCAACUUGGGCGCCAACAAUGGCAACGCUGCGCUGGGCAGCAACAGCAGCAGCAAUCAGAAUCUGUACAGCGGCGGAGGCGCCACAGUUGGUGGCAUGGCUUGUGGUUCGGGUGCCUCGUUGUUAUCCAAGCAGAAGCACAAGUAGAGAUGAUUAUUAGCAACACCUAGCGAAAUGUAGAACAAUAAUUAGUGGUAGUAUUUAAAACUCAAUGCAACAAGAGACAAACCAAAUUGAUGUAAUGUGUUUUUAGAUGUUUUAGUCGCAAAUAUAACCGCGCAACUCGUAGUGUGUUGCAUAAUGUAA